UCCCGGUGUGGAGUUCAGGAGGAUGGAGGUGCGACCCGAGCGAUUUAAAGCAGCGGCGGCGAAGACGCUCGGUAGGAUACACCGGGUUCUAGAAAAGCGGCAAGAAAAUGGUGAGACGAUCGAGUUAUCUGCAGAGGGUCGUCCAGAGCUACAGGAAGAGAAAGAACUUCCUGUGGUGGACUGCACGUGUUUUGGUUUGCCACGACGGUACAUCAUCGCUAUUUUGUCAGGACUUGGAUUUUGCAUCUCAUUCGGUAUCCGCUGUAACCUGGGUGUGGCCAUCGUCAGUAUGGUGAACAACCACACCAUCUACAGAGAAGGCAAGCCAUAUGUUGUGAAAGCUCAGUUUACAUGGGACCCAGAGACUGUCGGAAUGAUUCAUGGAUCAUUUUUUUGGGGUUACAUUGUCACUCAAAUUCCCGGAGGUUUCAUCUGCCAGAAAUUUGCUGCCAACAGGGUAUUUGGUUUUGCAGUCGUAGCCACGUCUGUCCUAAAUAUGAUUAUUCCCACAGCAGCACGAGUACACUUUGGCUGUGUGAUAAUGGUGCGGAUACUACAGGGCCUGGUUGAGGGUGUGUCUUAUCCAGCAUGUCAUGGGAUCUGGGCAAAAUGGGCCCCGCCCCUAGAAAGAAGCAGACUGGCCACAACAGCGUUCUGUGGUUCUUAUGCAGGUGCUGUGAUCGCCAUGCCAUUAGCUGGAGUUCUAGUGCAGUAUUCAGGCUGGUCCUCAGUCUUUUAUGUAUAUGGUAGUUUUGGGGUCUGCUGGUACAUGUUCUGGAUUCUGGUGUCAUAUGAGAGUCCAGCGGCUCACCCCACCAUCACACCAGAGGAAAGGAAAUACAUUGAAGAUGCCAUCGGGGAAUCGGCUGGACUUAUGAACCCUUUAACGAAGUUUAACACUCCCUGGCGUAAGUUUUUCACAUCGAUGCCCGUGUACGCCAUUAUCGUGGCUAAUUUCUGCAGGAGCUGGACAUUUUAUCUGCUGCUCAUCAGUCAACCUGCAUAUUUUGAAGAGGUGUUUAAAUUUGAGAUCAGCAAGGUCGGUAUCAUCUCAGCUCUUCCUCAUCUGGUGAUGACCAUCGUUGUGCCGAUUGGAGGGCAGCUGGCCGACUAUCUAAGAAGUCACAACAUCAUGACCACCACAAACGUCAGGAAACUCAUGAACUGUGGCGGUUUUGGGUUGGAGGCCACAUUUCUUCUGGUGGUUGGUUUCUCUCACACUAAAGGUGUUGCUAUCUCAUUUCUUGUCCUUGCAGUUGGAUUUAGUGGCUUUGCAAUCUCAGGGUUCAAUGUAAAUCAUUUGGAUAUCGCGCCACGGUAUGCCAGUAUUCUAAUGGGCAUCUCCAACGGCGUUGGCACACUCUCUGGCAUGGUUUGCCCUCUGAUCGUUGGUGCCAUGACCCGAAACAAGACACGUGAGGAGUGGCAAUAUGUGUUUCUCAUCGCUUCACUCGUUCAUUAUGGUGGAGUUAUCUUCUAUGGUCUUUUUGCAUCCGGAGAGAAGCAGCCGUGGGCGGAGCCAGAGAACAUGAGCGAGGAGAAAUGCGGCAUAUUGGGAGAAGACGAGCUGGCGGAUGAAACGGAAGAGCUCUACCGCUCAGGAGGCGGUGGCUAUGGAGCAACUAUCCAAUCAGGUGACCCUAAUGGGGCGGGGACAGUAGGGGGCGGAGUUGGAGGAAGCUGGGCCUCAGACUGGGACAGAAUGGAGGAAUACGUCCAACCUGUCGGCACGAAUAGCUUCCUAUAUGGAGGAGAGGAGCACAUGGGAUGAUAGAAUGAUGUUAAGCUCAAAGAAUAAGAGAGGAUAAAGCUAGAAGAGAGGAGUGGAUAAAAGGACCGAAUAUUCCUCUCUUACAAAAAUGGACUGGGACAAGGGAAGGUUUUAACACAAACUAUGAAAAAACUUGUAAUCAACAUAACACCUUUCUAGUGAUAUCACAGCAAUAGAUUCAGCAAAGGACGACUUGUGUGUUUGUGUAAAGUGAGUGAGUGUGUGUGUCAGUUUUGUGUGCAUGUGUGUGGUUUCCAGGUUACAAAUGCCUAAAACUAACUGAUCUACACUAUGAGUUAAAAGUCUGGACACACCAACAUUUUAUUAAAAGUCUUUAAAAGCAUGAAGUAGUGACCAAAAAAAAUCUUAUAUAUGAGCUUCUUCGAAGAAGUCACCAAUUUGCCAUUUCAAUGUAUUUUUUUUGUAAAGAAAUUCAUAUGUGCACAAUUUUUAUUUGUCUACAAAACUAAUUGCAAACACUGAAGCACAAGCCUUUAUAGAUCAAAGGUGUGUCCAAACUUUUGUCUGGUAGUGUAUUUUACCAUUUAAUCUGAUCAGCAAAGGUUCAACAUUAUUAUUGUUAUAAAAUAUUACUGCCAUCCUGCCUAAACUGUGACAAUCGUGAAGAGGGUAAAAUGUCAUAUUCACACAUGAAAUAGAUCAAAUUAUGUUCAAAUACUCUUUCGCAGAACAACUGAAGUGUAUUUCCAAAAUAGUAAUAAUAAUAAUUUAGAACAUUGAUCUCAUGUGCCAAUACUGUGAGGUGUGUGUAGUAUUGGUCCCUUUGCAAUGAGAAUCUAAUUUAGAUAAAUACAGUCAAAAUUUAGGGAUAAGAUGAAAACCAUUUGGGUGAGCUGAUAGCAGCUUUGAGAUACUUAAUAGUUGUUUUUCGAUAGCUAAUGCUCUUUAUCGAUAUUUUUUUAAUGUAUUUAUAACGAUAUCGUUUUUGCAUAGUUUAUUAUUUUCUUUUAAACGAAUAUUACAGGUUCAAUAUAAGUUAAGCUGUGGUGGCACACUGUUGAUUACCACAGAAAAUAAUUUAGACUAUUCCCUGAGAUUUUUCUUUCUUCAAAAAGCAUAAAUUACGUUUGCAGUAAUACACUUAAGGCGUGGUCACAUUUAACUUCGCACAGCGAAAUUCCAUAGUGAAAAUUCAGUCAUCUCUGGGAAUCCGCGCGAUCGUGAUUGGUGAACUUUGACAGGCGAAAUCACCAGGUUGACCAAUAGGAAGUUGCUUGGUUUGGCAGUGACCUCUGUGUGGGCGGUGCUUCAUUCACAGCUGCACUGAAUAUUCACAAUGGACAAGUAUAUCAUUUUAGGGGUAGGGUGGAGGGGGGUUGGGGGGAUGUUUUGG